GAUUAUAUGGAAUUACUUCAGCCAAGCAAGCCUACGCAGUUCAUUGAAAAUAGAAACUGCACUUUUCAGCUCCGAAAACUCAUUCCCCCGGUUGCCGUAACGGAAACUCCGGCCACCUAUAUGGCCACCUCCACUUCGGCUAUAUCUGUCCUGGUUAAUCAGAGACCUCUUCAAUCAGCAGGUUCAUUCAUUCCAAAAUCACGCUGCAGGAAAUUGAAUUUCAAGACACAUAGAAAAUCUCACAGAGUUUGCUGCGAUUACUCUCGCUUCGAAGUUAGAUGUGUUAGCUAUAGGCCUCCUGGAACCCAGCUCAACCUUUUAAAUGAAGUUAGUUUUUCUCUCCCAGAGAAGAGUUUUGGAUUGAUUUUUGGACAGAGUGGGAGUGGAAAAACUACUCUCCUGCAGCUUCUUGCAGGGCUUAGUGAACCAACAUCAGGUUCCAUUUGCAUUCAAAGAUAUGGGAAUGAUGGCAAUCCAUGUCAACCUUCUGAACCACUACCUCCAGAAAAAGUUGGUAUUGUCUUUCAGUUUCCUGAGAGGUAUUUUGUGGCAGAUACUAUACUCAAUGAAGUUAUAUUUGGAUGGCCAAGGUUAAAGGGUAGCCUUCAAUUGAAGGAGCGUCUUGCUCUGAAUCUUCAGAAAGCUAUUACUUGGGUUGGACUAAAUGGAAUCUCCCUGGAAAAAGAUCCUCAUUCCCUUAGUGGUGGUUACAAACGUAGGCUUGCUUUAGCAAUCCAAUUAGUACAAGUUCCUGAUCUGUUGAUUUUGGAUGAACCUCUUGCUGGUCUUGAUUGGAAGGCUCGAGCUGAUGUCAUAAAUCUUUUAAAGCAGCUGAAGAAAGAGUUAACUGUUCUUGUUGUCAGUCAUGACCUCAAAGAGCUAGCAGCUCUAGUUGAUCAUUCUUGGAGGAUGGAAAUGGGUGGAUUUCUCAAGGAAGAGCUGCUUCCCAUAUAAUGUGGGAAUCUACUGUUGGUACCUUAUCGACAUUAGAGGCUACAAGGUAGUCCUGGCUACUGGCUGAUUCCAGUAUUUGGAGGGAAUGAACCUGAACUGAACCGCAGAAUGCCGCUUCAAUCCUUAUUAUUUUGGUUCGAUUUGAUUGAGUCAGUUCAGUUUUUUUUUUUUUCUUUUUCUUUUUCUAAUAACAAACCAAUCCUAAGAGAGAACUUAGUACGGUCGUUAAUAUUCUGAUUCAGUUCAAACCUUAAACCAUUGAUUGAUUUUGAGCCCAACUCGCAACAAAAAGCCAUAGAUUAACCGCUCCUCUAAGGGUCCAGGACAGGGCUACAUUGUGUUUUCCUUUUUUAACCUUGAUAUCCUUGUUGCUUCCUUUCUAGUUGAAGGACACUUGCCCUAUUGCACAAAUUGACAGUCAGCAAUGCAAUGUACCAAAAGCCUGGAGCUGUGAUUUGACCAUGGUACUUGUUAUGAGAUUGUAGUUGAACUUUUUCAUGUUGCACCAGUUUCCUUUCCUUUGAAACAUUACUAAGGUGCCCUACUAGACAGAUGUGCUGGAUCUGAUAUGGUUGCAUACCCCACAAAUAGUAAGCUGAAGAGCCGAAAGAUGUUGAAAAAUUGUUGACAAAAGCCACCAGGCAUUCUUCAAUUAUGGAUGACUUUAUUCCAUGUGGGUAUGAUACUUAAUACCAGAAAAGUGCUGAUGGAAUUGCACUGUGCAUUGUAAUGCAUUAGAAAUUUCGCUCACAUUUUGGAGGAAUGUGAUCCUGUUUUUGAAAGAAUGAUAUCUUGAACAUUCCUCUGCUAACAUGGCAUUGUAUAAUUAGAAGUUGUUAGUUAAUUUCUUUUUUAAGCUUUCA